AUAGAACACGGCUCUCCCACUCAGGCAGUCCCAAUCUGACCUUCAAGCACACGGAACCCUGUAACGGGAGAUCGGUUGGGGACUGUCGAGAGAAAAAUACCCAAUCUAAACUUCUGACAUUUUAACGGUUCAUCACCAUCAUCAUCAGUGCGUGUACUGGCACCCGCCGGAUAAGCUGGACUAUACUUGUUCUUUUUUGGUAACAAGACAUUCAGGGGAGAGGAAAGCCAUUUAUUCCUGCCUUGACUUCUCCCCGUUCCUCAUCUCUACACCGAGUUGUAUUCGUUUCCCCGUUUGCUUUGCACACUUGCAGAGGAGGUAAACUGAGCUGAGUGUGCCUCUUUUGUGUGUGUAUGCCUGUCUCGCAGCAGAACCAGUCGGAUGCUCUGAGCCUACCGGACGCAGAGCUGUAUAUGGAAGUUGUAGGCUAUAAGGCAGAAGCGAGCUGUUGCACAUUGCGUCGUUCAAGAGCGGGAGCCAUGCUGUUCCACGGGAUCUCCGGUGACCACAUCCAGGGCAUCAUGGAGGAGAUGGAGAGGAGAUCCAAAACCGACUCGCGCCUGGCCAAGGGCGUGCGGCUCAACGGAAGGGAAGCGACCAUGCCUUCCAUGGGCCCUGAGAAACCCGCGUUGUGUGCCGGCUGUGGAGGCAAAAUAUCGGAUAGAUAUUAUCUGCUCGCUGUGGACAAACAAUGGCACCUACGGUGCCUCAAAUGCUGUGAAUGUAAACAGCAUUUGGAGUCAGAGCUCACGUGUUUCGCCAAGGAUGGCAGCAUCUACUGCAAGGAGGAUUACUAUAGAAGGUUCUCCGUGCAGAGGUGCGCUCGCUGCCACCUCGGGAUCUCAGCAUCUGAGAUGGUGAUGCGCGCGAGGGACUCCGUGUACCACCUGAGCUGCUUCACGUGCACCACGUGCAACAAGACCCUGACCACAGGCGAUCACUUCGGCAUGAAGGACAGCCUGGUGUACUGCCGGGUCCACUUCGAGACCAUAUCCCAGGGAGAGUACCCCCACCCUGGCCUCAACUAUGCCGAGAUGGCGGCUAAAGGUGGAGGUCUGGCGCUGCCAUACUUCAAUGGCACUGGAACGGCCCAGAAGGGAAGGCCUCGGAAGAGGAAGAGCCCCGCCAUGGGCAUAGACAUCACCAGCUACAACUCAGGUUGUAAUGAGAAUGAUGGGGAACACCUGGACCGUGACCAGGCCUACCCUCCAGCCCAGAAGAACAAGCGCAUGCGCACCUCCUUUAAGCACCACCAGCUCCGCACCAUGAAGUCCUACUUUGCUAUCAACCACAACCCCGACGCCAAGGACCUCAAACAGCUGGCCCAGAAGACAGGCCUCACCAAAAGAGUUCUCCAGGUAUGGUUCCAAAACGCAAGAGCCAAAUUCAGAAGGAACGUUUUGCGACAGGAGAAUGGUGUUGACAAGGCCGACGGCACGUCACUCCCUCCGCCCUCGUCCGACAGCUGCGCUCUGACGCCCCCCUCCAGCGCGGCCACACUAACAGACCUGACCAAUCCCUCUAUCGCUGUAGUGACCUCCGUCACGUCUAGUUUGGACAGCCAUGAUUCGGGGAGCCCCUCACAGACUACCUUGACAAACCUUUUCUAGCAAGCUCUACGACUCCUAGCAAGAACAACGACAACAACAACAGCAGCGUUUAAUCAGGAGGAGAUUAUUUUGAUGUGUAGCAUUUGCAACCGCUUGGCAGCUGAGUUUGUAGUCAACCUAUUUAGUGAUUGGUUUUGUGUCGAGGACGUUUUGAAUCUGGAAGGCAAAUCAUUAUAGAGUGUUCAACAAUCUGGGUCACAGCCCAAAUUAAAUUAUUUAAAUGGUAAUAGUAUAUUAUUUUUUACUUUAUUUAAUUUAAUUUGUUCAUUUGAUUUGAUUUAGUCUAAAUUGACCCCGCCUGAUAAUUCAUUUAAAAUCAUUAAUACUAUGUUAGUCCUAUUUAAGGCAUAUUUCGAUCUUAUUUUAUUUGUAUUUUUAAAUCUUUGAAAUAUUAAUUUUCAGAAUGUUGUUUAAAAGAUCAUUCAGAGUGAUCCUGGAUGUUACAAGAUAUUGGAGCAUUAUAGAGAUGAGUAAUUUCUCGUCUGUAAAUUACGUUGUAUACAUUACAACAACCCAAACAUUACAACUCUAAUGCCAGGUGGCUGUAGUGACGUCAACGUGCAUUUUGUCUUAACAUGAUACGCCUCAACUGUGAUAGUAAAUAAUAAGAACAGAACUAAUCUCUAGAUCUGUACCGUGGCAACUGUUCAACAUGUAAUGCAAAGUCACGUUGAUAUUAGAAGGAGUUAAACUAUAUAAAUCAGUGAGUGUAAUUUUGAUUGGGACAGAGUUCUUGGGCACUGUUUGAAAUGAUUAUUUUCAUGAUACUUUUACUAAUCUGUUGGCCUCAUUUUACAUACCAAACACACAAAUAGAAAAACAAUUUUGUUGGCCUCAUUUUACAUACCAAACACACAAAUAGAAAAACAACUUUGUUGGCCUCAUUUUACAUACCAAACACACAAAUGGAAAAACAAUAGUUUAUCUGGAUUCAGCGAGCCUGUAGAAUUACUGUUAAAUAAAUACAGUUGCACAGUGACAAUAAACUGCCCAAUGAAAAGUGCAUUAUUAUUAUUAUUAUCAUCAUCAUCAUGUUUCUCAGGGUAAAGAAGGGUUGAUUGUGAAAAAGGUAAGAAGGUAGGAGAGGAAGAUCAUAAAAAGUGAGGGAUGACGAUAUGGAAGAUUAGAUGUGUAGAGCUGACAGAAACAUCAACAAUAACCCCAGAAAAGCUGGAGAUAUUCGACAGUUGGUGGGACAAAGAAAUCACCCUCCACCUUUCCUCCUUGGCCAUAUUUCAACUUUACCGACACUUGCUACUGAACAGACCAAAUUAUAUUUUCCCCUCUGGCUGAUUUUGGGGGGAAGAGAGACGAGGAAUAGAAUGAGUGCUUUCCGACGGGGUUAAACUUUUGUUUGUCUCCUGGGCCAGCUGUUUAAGGUCGUUGGCGUCGGGUUGUGGUUGAUAGCAAAGCAGGACUACAUGGUGCGAAUUAGGAGAAAGACAAAGAGACCCUGGCUGCAUGGUUCAAACAUUGUAUUGUAAUUGUCACAAUUUGUUCUACUGUAGAACAUAGCGUUACUCUCAAUCUACUUGAUGAAGUAGAUGCUUAACUCAAUUCUACUAUGUGCCUUAUGCUAUAACUUGGAAGAAAGUUUGUAAACUUCAGGAUUAUAUGUGUUGUUUGUUGACUGAUUCACAUCCUUGUGACGCCUCACUAGUUUUGUACUGUUUUGCAUCUUAUUUCUGAAGAUCUUUUUAUGGUGUAUCCUGUCAGAAAGGAGGCAGCGAUGUCUUAGAAAGCGUUUGUGCACUUCUUUCAGAUAUAGUUGGUUGAUUCCAAUAAUCUUCGUGUUAAUAGUUGAGUACAGUAAGUGUUCUAUCGAGAUUGUCCAUGUUUCCCUGUUUCUUGACAAAGAUGGUGUAUAGAAACUAUUUCUCCUUAAAUAUUUAUGGACCAAACGGUUGUUAUAUAUCUUAUUAAAUUUGUGUGAAUAAAAAAAUACUUUGUUUUAAAUGAGUUUUAUUUUUCAUUACACUUGCCAUUUUUUGUGUUAUCCCUUGGCUACUAGGUUUUUAUUAUUUUACUCACAUCAACAAAUGGGGGAAAAAACAUUCAAUGAUUGAUUGACCAAUUAAAACAAACCUUCCACAUUUUUUACUUUCAUUUAGAAUUUUGAUUUCCUAUUUUAUGGUGUUUACAGCUUCAAAGUAAUGCCCCAUGAAUUUGCACCUAAAACCCUGUAGUCAACAAUUAUGAAAAUGGCUUUUUAAUGCAUGAACAUGGCUAUAUAACUUUUUAUAAUGGAAAAAGGAACGCUGCAAAGCAUACAUUGACUGAUAUAUCUGUAUAGUAUAUAAGUAGUGCUAAGGUGGCGUAACAGUAAAUGCAGACCUAUAAAGACAGGUUGCUCUGUAGUUAAUAUAUUGUUACUC